AUGCCAGGUCUCGUCCCUAUCUUUGAUUCCUUAGACUACUAUCCAGACCCUCAGGUGCAGGUCCCGAGAUACCAGAACUUGUACACGCAGUUCGAGCGCACGUACCAUGUCACGCCAGACUUUGUGUCACGUUCGCCUGGGCGCGUGAACUUGAUUGGAGAACACAUAGAUUACUGCCAAUUCUCUGUUUUGCCUUUGGCAAUUGAUGUGGACGUGAUUAUGGCAGUUCGGGCUCAGGACGAACGUGUGAUUGAAUUGGCCAACUUAGACCCCACUUUUGGUGCCCGCACCAUCCCGCUUCCAGAUGGCGACUUAAUUUCUAUCGAUGCGUCCGAGUCCGAUUGGUCCAACUACUUCAAAUGCGGGUUGCUCGUAGCACACGAAUUAUUGAUGGAAAAGACCGGCGGAAAAGUAUUGCUCAAGGGCAUGAAGAUCCUUACCACCGGCUCCGUUCCUGCCGGCAGCGGUUUGUCCUCCUCCGCAGCCUUCGUUUGUGCCUCUGCCUUGGCAACUUUGCAUGCCAAUGGGAUGAAACACAUCACUAAGGCCGAUAUGACCAAGAUUACGAUCGUUUCCGAGCACCACAUGGGGGUCAACACCGGGGGUAUGGACCAGGCUGCGUCGGUAUGCGGCGAGCGGAAUCACGCGUUGUACGUGGAAUUCCGGCCGGAGUUGAAGGCCACUGCCUUUAAGUUUCCCGAACUCGACCCUCCGUUAGCAUUCCUCAUUGCCAACACGCUUGUUACUUCGAACAAACACGAGACUGCGCCAACAAACUACAACUUGCGCGUGGUGGAAGUCUCAGUCGCUGCCCAGCUUUUAGCCAAAAAACUCUCGGUGACGAUUGCUAACGACGGUAACUUAAACUGUGGAACGUUGCGUGGUGUCAUGGAUAGCUACUAUGCGAGCCACGGCCAGGCGGCAUGGUUAGGUGCGAUCCAGGAGGGCGAGGUCCGCUUGUCUCAGAUGUUGGAACUCACGGAGAAACACAUCCGCAAGGAGGCGUAUACGACCCAGGAGCUUGCGGCGGAGUUGGGAUUGACAGAAGCUGAGUUCCAUGACCGUUUCCUCUCGUUAUUUCCCGUAAGCUUUGAAAAGUUGCACAUCUAUGCCCGUGCCAAGCACGUUUAUUCCGAGGCAUUGCGGGUGUUAAAGGCGCUUUUACUUCUUCAAUUAUCCACCGACAGUGGAACCUUCUAUACUGAGUUUGGCCGUUUGAUGGACCAGUCACAGGCGUCGUGUGAUACCCUCUUCAAUUGCUCAUGUGAUGAAAUUAACCGUAUCUGUGACAUUGCCCGCAAGAAUGGGGCUACCGGAUCUAGAUUGACUGGUGCCGGCUGGGGUGGCUGCACUGUUCAUUUGGUGCCCGUUAAUAGGGUGACAGAGGUGGAACGCGCCUUGAUAGAUGAAUACUACAAGGUGAAGUUUCCGGGGAUUACCGUGGCGGAUUUGCAGGAGGCUAUUGUGGUGAGCAAGCCGGCGUACGGAAGUAGUUUGUACAUACAAAGGUGA